GCAUGACUACGCGGGUCAGUCACUCACCACCCGCCUUUGUCGCCGUCUCUCUCGAUCGUCUUCGCCUUCCCCUCCAACUCCCCAUGGCCGGCCAUUCGUCCAUUUGGCCAAGCCCUAUCCACCACCACUGUCUACAAAUCCCUCCCCCUCUCCUCCAAUCCAAUCCAACCCUUCCAUGCUCGACCUGAUCUGCUCCAUCUUCCUCCCCAAACUCCAGGGACAACGAACAGCGAGAACAAACAAAUAGAACAGAGCAGCAGUAGCAACACAAUGGCGAGGGCGCGCCCCAACGCCAUCGUGCCGGAGCCCGCCGCCGCCGCGACCACUACCAGCAGCCGCGGGGCCGAGCACCACCACCAGGACGACCAGGAGCGGCCGGCGGUGCUGACGGUGUGGCGCAAGUCGCUGCUCCUCAGCUGCUCCGGCUUCACCGUCUUCGACGCGUCGGGCGCCCUCGCCUUCCGCGUCGACUGCUACGACUCCGCCCGCCGCGGGCUGCGGCGGCGGCCUUGGCGCACCACCGAUGUGGUGCUCAUGGACGUGUCCGGCACGCCGCUGCUCACCGUGCGCCGCCGCAGCAGGCUCACGAGCCUGGGCCUGGCGCCGGACCACUGGCUCAUCUUCGACGGCGACGCCGCGGCGGGAUGCCGGGCCGAGCACAAGCCCAAGCCCAAGCCUUUCCUGUCCGUGCGCCGCGCCCGCCCCGCCCUCCUCGGCGCCUUCAACGGCAAGGCGCCGCUGGCGUACGUGACGCCGCUGCAGGCGUCCGGCGGCGAGGCGUACGUGGUGGAGGGCUCGUACGGCGCGCGGGCGUGCGCGGUGCGGGACGCGCGCGGGGACGCCGUGGCCGAGGUGCGCCGGAAGGAGCGCGUCGGGGACGACGUGUUCCGCCUCGUGGCCGGGCCACGCAUCGGCGCGCCGCUCGCCAUGGCGCUCGUCAUCGCCCUCGACGAGAUGUUCGCCGCCGCCGGCUCGGUGUCGGCGCGGCGGCCGUCCCUGCUGCGCCGGACGUGGUCGGCGUAGUUUUAGUAACUAAUAAGCUGCCGCCGGCGACGCCAUGCCAUGCUGUGUCGAGCACUCGAGCAGACCAGAGCAUGCACCACCUCUGUCCCUGUGAGGCUGUGACCCUGUCCGCGCAGGCACCGCCGCACCUGACCUUCCCGGCUGCCCCGGCCAGGCUGUGAGCAUGAGCAGAGUCGAGCAAGCAGGUGCAUCUCCGGCGCCCGGCGCCUAGCUAGUGCGCCUGUAUCAUCAGAUUCAGUCAGCCAUCCCUGUUCUGGACUCUUGAAUUCCAGGAAAACAAGGCGACGAUCAGCAAGGAUACAGAAACAGUGGUGAUCAUGCAAGUAUAACUAGGUAGAGAGUAGCUAGUUUCAAGUACUGGAUGCCGAUUGUAUAUACGGCCGUUGUAUCUGUGAUACCAUGAUGCCAGCUGAAUUAUAUAUUUAGACGAGGAUUAGUGGAUUGACACAAGGAUGUAGCUUUGAUCAGAGCUUCAGUUAAUGCAUCCUUCCAUUCCAUCACUAUUUGAUGCCUGCUCUGUUCAACAA